AUAUAUAUCCGCAAGUUUGCUAAAAUCAAGCUUAAAGACUCGUUCAAAUUAAGUUGUAAGGCAUCUAUCUCAACUAUCAGCAAUUUCUUCAGUAUAGCUCUCUGGCUAAUCCAUGUUAUUUGUCAGACGACUCUAUUGAACAUCAAACCUGUAAGUCCUUCAACAUCUGGUCCCAAAUAAGUCUAUUCUUGUACCUUACUGAAAUAUUUGUGAUUCUAACUACUAGUCUAAUUUUGUUUCUUGAUACGGUGGACCGACUAGUCUAAACUCAGUCCCUACAGAAGAAAAACAAGUUCCUGCUAGCUGGAACUUACAGUCAUAUUGAAGGUUUGGUUUGAACAAUAGCUAUCUCCAGUUAUUCAGCUUCAGCAUAUAUUUUGAUCAUCUUCUCAUAGUCUUGAAAGCUCAAACUUCUAAAUCCGGCAAGAAGAUCCAUUGGAUAAUAGUUGUUGAAAUGAAGCAAAGGGAAGGUAAAAGUGUAGCUGAUGGAAAAGAGAUGAAGAAGACGUCUCCACCACCACCACCGCCACUACCAGCAUGGAGGUUCAUUUGUAGCAGGAAACUGCUAUUUAAGCCGAUGGCAGCACCAAGCCUGACCAAACAGGAGAUUGCUAAGUAUUGGAAGCAGAAGCGCAAAACUGAAGAAGAUCAUUUCCUUGAUGCUAUUAAGGCUGCAGCCCGUAUCAGGGCACGCAAUUUCUCGGAGGAGGACUACAAACAGUUUGUGGAUUCCUUAAAGCAGGAUGAUGAAGACAAGGAGAAUGAAAUGGCAACUGAGAACAUCUCCAAAAUUGAUGACAACAUAAAGGAGAAGAGAGUCGGUAUAAAAGACUGGUGGACAAAGAGCAAGUAUGCAUAUCUAAACCAACCUGCUGUGAAGUCCAUGGAACGCCAAGGUUCCACUUAUAUUCCACAACUAUAUUGCUACAAGGCUCCUCCUCCACCAGUUACAAGCACUUUCGGCAUAUUCUAAGGCAAUUCAAUCUACGUACAGUCAUAUACCAUAUAUUUGUAUUGUGCUUAAGUGUAUAUCAUUGUUUGCUAUGUGUAUGAUUGAAAUGGUUGUAUUGGUUUUAUGCACUACUCUGUUGCUUUUGUAAACCAAUGUCAAUAAAUAAUGGUUUAUUGUUGGAUGCUCAAUCAAUUUCACCUUUCAAUUCA